CGCCUCGGGGCGCCCUGGCCGGGGGGAUGCCCCCCAGCCGGCUCGGAGACUAGCCCGGCCGCUUGGUGCAUGGCACAGCUAUGGAGGUGGUGGACGAGAAGGAGGCUCUGCGGCGCUUCUUCGAAGGUCAUGAUAUUAAUGGAGCACUGGAACCAUCGAACAUUGACACCAGCAUCCUGGAAGAAUAUAUCGGCAAGGAAGACUCGCCAGAUAUUUCAGAUUUGGACUCCAUCUCUGAAAUCCCAGCCUCUGCUGGCUACCCUCAUGCCCAACCUUCCAGCUCUGUCAGUGUCGGUGUAUCUGUCUCCAAUGCUGGCCAUGUUUCCAAUGCUGCGUCUAGUGGCCCCCUCCAUCAUGGCCUUCCAAGCACCCAAGUCCCCACCCGGCACGGUCUCCACCAUGGACCCCCUGGCAGCCAAGUUCCAAUCCGGCAUGGCCCCCCAUUGCCCAGUCCAUGUGGACCCAGCUACAGUACCCACCUCAACUGCAAUAACAACAAUGGCAUGGUGAUGCCCAAGGGGUACCUCAGCAGCCACUGCCUGACCAACAUUGGCCCUCCAAUCAAAUCAGAGCUGAAGGCCUCCUACGCACCUGGCACUUUACCUGACUCUCCCCCGGACUCUGGAUCAGAGGCAUACUCCCCCCAGCAGGUGAAUGAUCCUCACCUCCUUCGAACCAUGACUCCUGAGAAUAUGUGUCAUAUAACUCCCCCUUCCCGCCUGGAGCAUCCACCCCCUCCUCCACCGCCACCCCCUCCACCAUCCCACCUCCAAGGGCCACCUCCUCCUCCUCCUCCACCACCACCACCUCACCCACACCAGCAGCCGCACAGCCAUCACUAUCCCAGCAUGCAGCGGGACAUGUACAUGAAGGCUGAGUCUCUGAUGCCCCAGUUCACUAUUGGACAAGGCAUGACACCUGGAGAUCUCCACCAUGCCCAGCAGUCACAGAUGCUUCACCAGCUGCUGCAGCAGCAUGGAGCAGAACUUCCAGUGCACCCUGCCAAGAAGAGGAAACACUCAGAGUCGCCCCCAAAUACUCUCAAUGCCCAGAUGCUUAAUGGGAUGAUAAAGCAGGAGCCAGGGACAGGAUCUGUGCCUCUCAACCCUGACAGAGCCCAAACUCCUCCUUGGCAUCAGCAGGGGGCACUCUCACCAGGCCUGAUUCAGGACAAUGACAGCUUGAAUGGCUCCUACUUGGAUCCCAACUACCAGUCUAUAAAAUGGCAGCCGCAUCAACAGAACAAGUGGGCGACUCUGUAUGAUGCCAACUACAAGGAGCUACCGAUGCCCACAUACCGGGUGGAUGCAGAUAAAGGCUUCAACUUCUCUGUGGGUGAUGAUGCUUUUGUGUGCCAGAAGAAGAAUCACUUCCAAGUCACGGUCUAUAUUGGUAUGAUUGGAGAUCCUAAGUAUGUCAAGACCCCCGAAGGCUUGAAGCCGCUUGAAUGCUUCUACCUGAAACUGCAUGGAGUAAAGUUGGAGGCCUUGAACCAGUCCAUCAACAUAGAGCAGUCACAGUCUGACCGCAGCAAACGGCCCUUCAACCCUGUCAUGGUCAAUUUGCCUCCAGAGCAGGUCACAAAGGUCACUGUGGGACGGUUGCAUUUCAGUGAGACAACAGCCAAUAACAUGAGGAAGAAGGGCAAGCCCAAUCCUGAUCAGAGGUACUUCAUGCUGGUUGUGGCCUUGCAAGCUCAUUCCCAGAGCCAGAACCACACUCUGGCUGCUCACAUCUCGGAGCGCAUCAUUGUUAGACAAAGGGCCGGUUCGGGGUUAAAACACAAACAGAGGGCGGACGGGGACCCCGGAGUCUGCAGACAAGCCUCUAACCCAGGGCAAUUUGAGAGUGACAGCGAUGUACUUUGGCAACGUGCUCAGCUCCCUGACACUGUCUUUCACCACGGCAGAGUUGGCAUCAACACAGACCGCCCAGAUGAAGCCUUGGUCGUCCAUGGCAAUGUGAAAGUCAUGGGCUCCCUUAUGCACCCAUCAGACAUCCGAGUAAAAGACGACAUCCAGGAAGUGGAUACAACAGAACAGCUGAAGAGAAUCUCCCGUAUGCGACUGGUGCACUAUAACUACAAGCCAGAGUUUGCUGCCACCGUAGGCCUGGAGAACACAUCAGAGACAGGUGUCAUUGCUCAGGAGGUGAGGGAGAUUCUCCCAGAAGCAGUGAAAGACACUGGGGACAUGGUCUUUACCAGUGGGAGGACUGUAGAGAACUUCCUAGUGGUGAAUAAGGAGCGCAUUUUCAUGGAAAAUGUGGGGGCUGUGAAAGAGCUUUGCAAACUGACUGAUAACCUGGAGACCCGGAUUGAUGAACUGGAGAGAUGGAGUCAUAAACUCGCCAAACUCAAGCGACUGGACAGUAUGAAAUCAACUGUUAGCUCCGGAGCAUUCAGCCAAGCAGGGAGUCAGUUCAGCCGUGCAGGAAGUGUGCCACACAAAAAGAGGCCCCCCAAAAUGUCCAGCAAGUCCCCUUCUGUGGUCACGGACCAAGCGUGCAUCAGCCAACGUUUCCUUCAAGGCACCAUCAUUGCCCUGGUGAUCAUCAUGGCAUUCAGCGUGAUAUCCAUGUCUACCCUCUAUGUGCUGAGCUACCGCAAUGAGGAAGACGUUGUGGAUAUAGAAGGGUCCAGUCAGAACAUUGAUAAGAAUCAGAUUAUGUUUUCUACUGCUGCCUCAUCAAACACACCUGAUAAUGCUUCCCUUAAACAGCGUGCCACAACACAUGUGCCUGAAUCUCUCUAUGACUUGCCUGCCCAUAGCAUAUUAGUCUGUUUCGACCCGCCUUGUUUCUCCAUGUGCUGUUCUCCUUUUCUGAACACCAUUCCAAACAACGUAUCUUCUGAUGCAGCUUCUGAGACUACCACCCCAGCCACCAACAACCGGACAGAUCAAAGCCUCAUGUCACUGCUGCCAGUGACCAACAUCAAAGCUAAAUCGAGGGGAAUCACUGGCAAGGUGACUUCCCAUACCAAGUGGCCAAAGACCUCUGAGAGAUCACGGGGCUUCAGCAGCCCCAAUGCCAGCCCAUCCUCCCCCUUCACCCACAUCCAAGGCAAAUCUAAAUACAUCUCCAACCUCCCUCUAACACGCAACAGCUUCUCCCCUGGGCUGACACGGCAGCGGCGCAGCACUAUCAGCCAAUCAGACUCCGAGGAGCCCAGCACAGGAAGCACCAGCCAGGAGGGAAAAGCUCCUGUGCUCCAGUCCAUAUCACUUGUACAGAGCAACGUGGUCAUCACGCCUCAGGCCUGUGCUGCUGGUGAUGAAUGCAGGACGGGGAACAUCACGUACCGCAUCCCCAUCAGCAAGUUUACUUCGGUGAACACAAAUCUUACUCUGGAGAUGAACGCCUCCUCUGCUGUGUCUGGCUAUUUUUGUGGUUUCACCUCCAACAACCCAUGUCAGCACAACACUGUGAACGCGGACAGCUUCUCUGAUGCAGCAGGCACCCAGGGAGUAACAUACCAUUGGCCUGUGGUGAUGAUGCCGUUUCAGGAGUUCACCUAUCACUUCCGAUUUGCUAAACCUGGCCAAGCCAACUGCAGUACUGCUGUGGAGCAGAUGGGCUCUCUCUUCACUGACUAUUACUUCCAGUUCUACUGGCUGUGUGAGUGAGUCUCAGGAGCACCACUGCCCUUGGAUUGGAACUGAAAUGGGCCCCCAUGGCUCAUUGGACCGGAUGUUCCCUCAUAUGAGCCCCCAAGUCCUAUCCUGUUGCCUCUGUCAUCAGCUGGUGUGGUUCUCCCCCCACCCCCACCUCCACCCUGCGGUGGAAUAUCAACAUUAGAAUGUCAAACAACUUUGGGGGAAUAAUGCCACUAGCAAGCGAAACAUGGAAAUACCGAGGCAUCUCUCCCCCCCCCCUUGACAUGCCAGAUGCUUGUCAUUCAGUCCUUCAAAGGCCUUACUUCUUGUAGAGACAUUGGCAUUCCUUCUUUUUCCUCGUUUUUACACUGGAUUUGAAAAUUCUACACUGGAGCCGUGCCUGGGUUCAAUGUCUUUGGACACCUCAGAACUACAAAAUACAGUUUGGCUGGGAAGAGAUCUCAGCACCCAGAGAGCCAACGAAGCGGCUUUCUUAGACACUGGCAUUUCUCAAUGAUGACGCUGGGAGUCUUUCUCUAAAGCUGAAACACUGGAAUUCUUUCUGUAAAAGGAAUAUUCUGCCUGGCUGUGUUUGCAAGUCAUACACUGGAGUUUCUGACCUUCUGGCUGGCAGCUAGCCUCUUCUCUCUUUAACUUAUGCUCUGCAGAAGUCCUGGUGACACUGGAACACACAAAUGACCCGUCAUUUCAAACAGCAGCAACCAAUGGAAAAGCAAUGGGAUUUGCCUCUGGCUCCACCCCCCCCCUCUCCCGCCAUAUAGUUACAUUCCAGGGAGAGAAGACCUCAGGAACCUCACAAAAACAACUCUCAGGCAGGCUAGUUUUGUUCCCAAUGUGCCUUUUUUCAGGAUUGGAUAAGUGCGCUUCUAAAGAAGCAAGCUCAAAUCUACUUGAGGAAAGCAGUGUCUGAGCUUUGCCUCUGGACUGACACAAUAUGCACUGGCAUCCUAGGGCUCCUCCUGAGGCCCAUAUAUCGAGAGCAGCGAAAAAUGCCUUUCAACCCAACAAGCACAUGGCACGGCCCAUGCUCUCAGCAGGAGACCAUCCCUGAAGUUGAAGAGGGAGGCCAUCAGGAGAGAUAUACCCAACACUAAACGUAUAUCCAGACUGAAAAGUGUUUUGAUCCCCAAGGGGUCACUUGUCAGGCAACAAACAGAACAUUUUUUUCACUCCAGACCUUAAGCCUCCUUGGCAUUCUUAAGAAUAUUUUGGGUAACUUACUGUUACAAGAUGUUAACUUGCUAAACCACUGAUCUUUCCCCCUGCCCCUCCACACAAGAUCAGCUUGUUUGAUUAUUGAUCCACUUGUCUCUCAUAGGAAACCAAAGCGGACUGUCGCUGGGCACCAGCCUGCACACACAUUUUGAAUCGGGGAAGCGCAAGGAGUUAAGGCAGAUGCAAAAGCACAACCACCCAGCAUUUCAGGCCUUUAACUUCCAUUCAAAGGGAGAAGAAAGGAUUGGCCAACUCAGUCAGGCUCUGUUGCUGUUGUUGUUUUGUAAAGCGGGUUAUUUAGAUUUCUGUGCAAGAGUGUGAACAGCAACUUAGGGAAGAUGAGAGGACAGGGAUGGGAAAGAUAAGAAGCAAAAGGGUUAGCUGCUGGGACUGCUCAUGGAUUCUGAAUCAGGUUAUCAAUAUGCAAAUCCACAGAUAUAAACAUACUUGCCUUUGGUUUAGUUCUAACGACCAAGCACUGAUCAUUUUUAAAUCAGAUUAUUGUAAACUGAAAGGAACAACUGUGUUAAGGUAGGAAUCCACUUUGUGAUGGUGGCUGGGUUUUAUCUCUGUGUUGGUGAAAUGUGUAUUGGUGCCUGCAUUGCUGGAUGGGUCUGCCAUUAUUAGUAGUAAUGAAAUUGCCCAGGUAGGCAGGCCUGCCCCCCCCCAUUCCUCGAUUGCUCCUCUAGGGCUAUCACCAGUUUCACAUUUGCUGCUCUCAGCUCACAUCUGCGUUACAGAUUUCCCCAGAGAACUCUGGUAACCAUAGUUCUGCCAUAGCUGCCAAGUUAUCCCUUUUUUACAGGGAUUUUCCCUUAUGCUGAAUAGGCUUCCUCAUGAGAAAAGGGAAAACUUGGCAGCUAUGGUUCUGCAUGGGGAGUUGUCACAUAAAUUUUGCAGCACCCCCAGUAAGCUAUGUUUCUCAGGAUUCUUUGAAGGGAGCUGGAACAGUAAAGGUGGCAUAAAAAUAAUAAAAAUGUGUAGAUAAUGUUCGCAGUGUCUGUUGGUGGCCCAGCAACGGUUGCCACUCUUCCUUACAAUGCUGCAUAUUCCAUGAAUGGGCAUAAGGGGAAAUGGCACCUGGCACUGCCAUUCAUUAGAAGCAGCUGAGAGGGGCACACAGGCAUGGGCUGGAGAAGAUAUUGGAGACCCAGCAGACCAAGGGCACCAUAGCAUCUGAUAAUGGCUGCAGGCUGUCUUAUCAAGGAACAAGGAUAUGAGAAAUGUAGUUGCAAUUGCUAGUGCUCACCACCAGUUGGCACCAUUGCUGAACAGCAGGGAAACAAACAGGCACAAUAAGAGACCUGCAGUUAUGUCCUCCUUAUUAACGUCUCAUUUUGCCCCAUCAGUCAGACUGGGUCAUGUAAUUUGUUAGUGGCAUUUAGUGCAGCCAGGGAGGGGUUUCCUCCCUAGUGAAAGAAGUGCAGAAAUCUUUUUUGCAGCAAUUCUAUACUCUUACCUCUUGAGUAAAUCCCAUUGAAUUUGGUGGGACUUAUUUCUGGGUAGAGGGGUGUAGGUUUGCACUGUUACUCAAUGUUACUUGUGAAAAUGUUCUUGCAUCGAAUGCCGGUAAUGCAAAACUGGUUGAAGUCUCCCUUGUGAAACAGCCUGUUACUGACAAGCAAGCACUCUUGCUUCUCCUUACAGCCCCUGCUUCUCUCUCCACCCCCUAUGUUCCUCCUAAACAGAUCUGCAGUAUCUGGGAGCCCCAUCUGACGACCCUUAGAAUUACCACUGCUGUGGGUUCCCACCCACCCACCCAUUCCUCUGCCACUGCCGCAACUCCAACAUGUGUCUGGUGGAGCCAAUGCGGACGGAAAUGGCGAUCUUAACCUAAACUUGAAUUGAAUUGCUGUGGAGUCUUAGUCUGCCACACAUCUACACACCACCCUCCCAGGAUAGAGGCUAUUGCCUUUUUCUUUUUAAGUAACACACACACACACACA